CGCCAUCUACGAUUUUUAGAUGAUAUAUUUUCCGCAUCGACUCCGAAAAAACUUGACUUUAUCAUUGUUUGAGCUCUUAUUACUUGAUUAAAUUAAAAAUGCCUGCCAUCGUUAAACCAGGGGAACUCUUUGUUCAGAUUGCAGGAAUUUCGGGUGCUCUGGCCGUUGCUCUUGGGGCGUAUGGAGCUCAUGGCAUGAAAAAUCAAUCACCUGAAGCGAAACAUACAUUUGACACAGCAAGCAGAUACCAUUUUGUGCACACCUUGGCUCUCUUGGGGAUCCCUCUCACCAAUAACCCUAAUCUGUCCGGUAGCCUGUUGACAUUGGGGAUGGUGUUGUUCUCCGGUACUUGCUACUUUUCUGCCCUGACUGGUUCGACGGCUCUCAACAGACUGGCCCCCAUCGGUGGCAUGACCCUCAUUGCAGGAUGGGCGUCCAUGGCUCUGGGUAAUCUGAGAUAACUCGGCUUUAAAUAGGUUCCUUAAAAUAGGCUACUCUAAAAAAAAACAGGACCCUAGCUGUUCCGUAAACCUAAUUGUUAACGAUAGCAAGUUACCAUAACUGUUUUAAGCUACUGAAAUCAUUGCAUUUGGACUUGGUUGGCCGAGAGCAAAUUUGUAAUAACAUUUUGGCACUUGUUAUUGAAUAUUCGCAUGUGUGAAAUGUUCUUGAAUUUCAUGAUCGGUUCAGAUUCACUAUGUGAAAUGAAUGAAUCAUAACUGAUACAUGUACAACUGAAUUUGUUCGCAAUUUGGGAAAGUUUUUUGUCUUCUUGAAAAUGUUGUUGUUUUCAUGAAUUUUACGAUUGGGUCAGAUUCAUGAUAAUUUAGUGAAAUUAAUGAAUUAUAACUGAUACACCAGAAUAUUUUGCAAUUUGCAAAUGUUUCACGCGGGCAGAAAUUGUUAUUACAAAAUGCGGAAGUUUCUGGUUUUAGAAUACGUUAAUUGACCCCUUCUCUGACACCAAGUUUUGGACGAUUGUCAGGAAAAAAACCUACAAGUGUUAAGGCCUGCUUGUUCAGCUACGAUGUGGCCAAACCGCAGCGAUUUUUACAACAUAAAGUGUAAUACACUUGACAUUUCUGUGUCUAGCAGUAACGCGUAGCUCAAUACGCGCAAGUCCUUUGUUGUGCGCAUGCAGUUGCCAUUCAUUUACACAUAUGAAAAAACCUGUGGGGCUUUUUCGCUGCAGUUUACUGCGAUAUAUCUGAACACUUGCCAUGUCAAUUUGACACUUAUGUUUUAGCUAAACGUUCAUUGUAUCAUAUUAUUUCUAAAUGUACCGGUCUCUAGCUAGAGGGGUCAGGGUCUACACACUAAAAAGUUGUUACUAUCAAUGCCAAAGGUGUAUAUUGUCAUCAAUCACAUUCAUAGCUUUAUAAACCAAAAGAGUUUAAUUUGUUUUUGAUCUUCAAGAUGAAAAGUCUGUCUACUUCCCAUUUUUUUAAAAAUGUUUAUGAUUACAUGUAAUUAAAGUGAUGAGUAAGUUAUUUCCUUCCUGCAAUAUUGUUUUUGUGCACCACUAACAAUGAUGAAGGUGGUGUUAACCUGUGUACACUGUACUUAAAAAUAUUAGUACAAUCAUUGUUUUCCAAUGUUAUGGUUGGGUCUUGCAAAGACAUAAUUUUGUUGACAUUUGGCCAAUAUUUUCAUUAUCUAUAAUAAAUUGUUAUGCUAAACACAAAAAAUAGGCAAGUUCCCCUGAUCGAGCAACUCCUCAUAAUUUGUUUACUAGAAAUUUUUGAACAAAUGUUACAUAUAAGGGACUGUGACCACAUGUGGUUCUUAUGUAACUUUUGUGUGGUAAUCAGAUCAAGUUAUGCUUGAAUGAGCACGCUAUAAAGACAAAAUGACCACAUUUCAAAAUCUACUUGUAAGGUUGUCAUUUCUCUGGUGUACUGAGAAACAGUCAAAUUCAUGACAAAAGAUCACACAGAAUGUAUAUACAUGCAAGAACCCCACAUCAGGCACAGUCCCUUCUAGUUAAAUUUAUUCAAAAAUAUUGUAUAUUUGGUAAGUAAUACUAAUUCUGUUUGUCAUGUCACAUGUAAAUUUAUUUCUCUGUUUGAUGGCUAUGUUGUUUUAUAUAUUGGUAUAAUAAUUGAUUGAAGAUACAAUAAAAAGACAUAAAGAUUGAAAA